CACAAGUUUUAUUUCUUGGAUUAAAUAAAAAGGAACAUAUUAGUAUUAGACUUCAUAUUUUUUCCUCAAAUACAAUUAUUAUGAUUUUGUAAAAUUGAUUCUUUAGAUUCUAAGGCGGAAUAUUCUAGUAAUUUUUUUGCAGAUGAUUUUUGUGGUCUGAAGGAAGCUAUCAUUGUAUGAUUGAAUAGUUAGAACAAAGUUGAAUCAGGGUGGUCCUGAACCUUGCAUGCACCUCGUCUAUUCCAUCGGUCACUUGCUACCCUCCACCCGCACAGACAUCGGGUUCUCUUGUCAAGGAGGCUUCCUGUGCUCACAGCUUUUACCAUCUUAGCAAGUUUGUGCUACUUGUCAUUGAAGCAAACAUGAAUCAACAACAUCAAUAUGGUGAAGAUCAAGAUGAAGCCACUGUGGUAGGUUUCGAAGUACCAAGAUCACCCGAUACAAGUUACAACAAUGCACAUCCUGGAAACGAAGAUGAAGAACGAGAACCACCAAUGCUUCCAACACAUUUGCACCAUACUGUAUUAAACCACCGUGUGACUAGAGAUCAACCUGCAGAUCUUCCAUCGCCACAAAAUGUGGUUCUAAACCAUCUCUAUAUCGAGAACAGGGAAGCCCCAAGAUCUGUUUUGUCCCUCGGUGUAACCCAUCGCUUUCGCUCAAAGUAUGUUACGGUAGUGCUUUACAAACCAGUUCAAAGGAGAGGAAGUAGCAGCAACACUUGAAACACAAAGAUGGAAACAAUAGAUAAGAGGUAAAUACAGAGCAAUUGAGCAGUGAAGAACAUAGUAGGAACAUUAGGAUCGUGAUCGUCCUUGGACUUGGAUAUCGAAAUCAGAUUGUGGUUGGUUUCGAAAAAUUUACUUUGUAGUAUGGAAAAAAAGUUUUCAUGUGUUUUCUGUUAGUUGGGUUUAGCAGAGUCUUAUGGUUGUGCAUUGGAUUGUUGCAUAUCCACUAAAAUAGUGGAUAACCUGUUUAGUAUUCUAUGGCUUAAAUUUGGCAACCUCAUAUUCAACAUGUAUGAUGCCCUUUACAAUUAUAUACUCUUUCAUUCGAUGA